AUGAGCUGCGCCGCCGCCGCGCUUGCGGUCGCCCUCAUCGCUGCCGUUGCCGGCGCCACCGCCGCGGGGUCGCCGGCCGCGGGCACGUGCGCGCGGAGGGGCGCGCCGCCGUUCCUCGACGCCGUCGGAUCCCGCUGCCCCUUCGUCCGGAUCGAGCCGUCCCCGCCCCUCGAGGUGAGAGGAGAGGCUGUUGAUACUGAGUUGAACCUUCGAAGGAGGGGUGCUUCAUACUCUAUUCUUUUUUAUGCUGCAUGGUGUCCAUUUUCGAGCAAAUUCCGACCAAUAUUCGAAGCUCUCAGCACGAUGUACCCUCAGAUACAUCACUUUGCUGUUGAAGAAUCUUCUGCUACACCAAGUUUGUUUUCAAGAUAUGGAGUCCGUGGUUUCCCAGCCAUUCUUCUUGUAAAUGAGACUACGAUGGUUCGAUAUCGGGGUUCAAAAGAUCUUAACUCUCUGGUCGAUUUCUAUAAAGAGACUACAGGUCUGGAUCCAAUUGCAUAUAUUGAUGUUGUCCAGCAAGAGAGCGCAGGAAGCUUGAGCUCAGUUAUGCCAUGGGAUCGUUCUCUGCGUGAAAUGGCUAAAGAUGAGCCGUAUUUGUUAGCUGCAGUUCUUUUUAUCAUCCUGAAGGUUGCAGCGCACUUCAUACCUGUUGUCAUGUCUCAUCUGAGAGCUUUCUUAGUUGUCCGUGUCCAAAACUUGAACCUAGGGAUCCUUAGGGGAUCAAACCAGCUCUUGGAACGAGCCUUGAAUGUUCUUGAUAUGAGGAGGCUUUGGAGCAAGCUGAGACUGAGCAACAAGGCAACAGACUUGAGGAAGGGAGCAAGUAAUGCUCGAGCUUGGGCUUCUUCUUUUGCUUCUGUUUCACUGGGUGAACCAUCAUCUUCUAGACAAGCUUAG